AUGAAGUUCUCCGUCGGCACCGUUCUCGCCUUCGCGGCCGCUGUGCUCGCCAAGCCGGUUCUCCUCAACAGCAACUACGACAUUGAGGAGGGUGAGCCGUUCACUCUGAAGUGGAACAACGCCCAAGGGCCUAUUACCAUCACCCUUAUGACGGGCGACCCAGGAAACCUGAAAGUGGUUUCCGACAUUGCCAGCGGUGUGACGGGCAGCGAGUACACUUUCACGCUCAGCGGCAUCCCGUCGGGCAACUAUGCCAUCAGGAUCACCGACGGGUCUGGCGAGCCUAACUACGGCAAACUGUUCAGCUAUUCCGGCACCGGCAGCCUUUCCUCCAGCUCCGCCUCGGAGUCCGCGACCCGUUCUAGCAGCAGGACCACGGUCUCGAGCACCACUUCUAGCAGCAGUAGCAGCAGCACUGGCAGUGAGAGCGAGACUAGCAGCACCACCUCUAGCGCUAGCAGCUCUGCCUCCUCCUCCUUCACCACCACGUCUAGCGAGCGUCCGUCGAGCACCCGCGCGGCUGCCACCACCUCGGCGACCGCUCCGCCCAACACGAAUGGCGGCCAGCGCUUCGCUUCGCCCCUCGCUUUCGUCCUGGUCACCGUGGCCGCCCUCGUCUUCUUCAACUAA